CACAUCAGAAGUCAAAUCUAAAAACCCGUAAUUCUGAGGCGGAAUUUGUGUUUGGACUAAAUAUAGGUUGAAAUUGUUGCCCAGAAAGCGUACAUUUUUGCCAUUAAGUGAUUCGAGUCGGCGUUGCUUCAUUAUUUUCUGCUAAAAGAUCAAUUCCAUCAGAAAGCGUUGCUCAAACGCAACAAAGCAGCGGAAGAUGGCAUCAUAAAGUCCACAGCCCCCGGCGGUUUCUAUGAGUGUUGUGUUGCCACCCUGAGCGCCACCUUCAGGCUCGGAACAGCGGCUAUAGUGGAGCGGGACGUCGGCGUGCGGGGAGCCGGGAGUGCGGCGGUGUCGGUCAGCAUACCUGCAUCAGUGGACGGCAGCAUGGCUGCGGGUAAAGGAGCUGGGAAAGCCCAGUCCAGUUGGCACAACCCGAAAAUACGCUUCAUCGUUUGCUUCCUCGGUGUGUUUGUGUGCUACUUUUACUACGGAAUACUACAAGAGACGAUCACUCGUGGUGACUAUGGGGAAGGAGACCAGAAGGAGAAAUUUAGAUUUGCCCGAACGUUGGUUUUCAUCCAGUGCAUCAUUAACUGCCUGUUUGCCAAAAUCUUGAUUCAGUUCUUCGAGGGCUCCAAGCCUGACCACACCAAGCACUGGCUGUAUGGGCUGUGCUCUCUCUCCUACCUCGGCGCCAUGGUGUCCAGUAACUCCGCCCUCCAGUACGUCAACUACCCCACGCAGGUGUUGGGGAAGUCAUGCAAGCCCAUACCAGUGAUGCUGCUCGGCGUCACCAUCCUGAGGAAGAAGUACCCGCUGGCCAAGUAUCUGUGUGUCCUCCUGAUCGUCAGCGGCGUCGCUCUUUUCCUCUACAAACCCAACAAGAGCUCCAGUGUUGCCGACGACCACAUUUUCGGCUUUGGCGAGCUGCUGCUGCUUGCGUCACUGACGUUGGACGGUCUGACUGGCGUGGCCCAGGACCACAUGAGGUCUCGCUUCCAAACCAGCGCCAACCACAUGAUGCUCAACAUCAACAUGUGGUCCACGCUGGUGCUGAGUUUGGCUGUGCUGUGGACUGGAGAGAUUUGGGAGUUCCUGAGCUUCACUGAACGUCACCCGAGCAUCUUCUACAAUAUCCUGCUGUUUGGACUGACCAGCGCUUUGGGACAGACCUUCAUCUUCAUGACGGUGGUCUACUUCGGACCACUGACCUGCUCCAUCGUCACCACCACACGCAAGUUCUUCACCAUCCUGGGCUCAGUGAUUCUGUUCGGCAACGUCAUGACCAACAUGCAGUGGGUGGGAACGGUCCUGGUGUUCCUGGGUCUUGGACUGGACGCUAAAUUUGGGAAGACCCAGAAGACGGCAAAACGCUGAGUCAUCAAACCAAUCCAACUCACCUCCAUGCAAAAAAAAAAUGUCAUUAAAUGUUCUACUCAGUUUACAGCUGUUCAAUAUUUAAUGUGGAGUUCAAAUGUUUUUAAUUGUGUUUUAAUUUUAUUUACGUUCCGUUUUGAAGAAAAAAGGACCGGCACAGCUGGGUUUUUUGGCAAAUCUUUGGCCAAAUGUUAAUAACGGUUCAACAUAUCGCUGCUUAUGUUGCGUCCAUUUUAUGAAUGAUAUUGUUUCACUUUUUUUUUUACAAAGUGAGAAUAAAAAGCAAAUUGUGAUAUAAAAUGUUUUUUUUUUUGUUUUGAAGAUUGGUCAUCUUCAUCAUCCUCCAAUAACACAUUUAUCUUCCUCUUCUUCAUCUUCAACAUACUUACGUAGUUGUGUCAGAC